UCACCCUGCAGCCGCCACCUCAUGAACUCACCCUGCAGCACCCUCAGGCCUCACCGCCUCAGCUGCCACCCUCACCCUGCAUCCGAGAGAGAGAGAGGAGAGUUGCCGCCGGAGGGAGGAGGUCGCCGCGGAGGGGAGGGGCUCGCCGGUAGGGGACAUCGCCGGCGCCUGGAGAGCUCGUGGAGGGGACAGCCACCGUCACCGCCAGGAGACAAGCGCCGCCGCCGCUAGGAAUCAGGAGACAAGCGAGCGCGAUGGGGAUGGUGAGACUAUGGACGAAUUCGAAGAACGGUUGUUUGGGGGCAAGGACACAGACAAAGGAUCACUCUACGAGAAGCUCGAUAGGGCUGAGAACACUGGUAGGAGAUACAAUUUUGGGUUGUCCAAGGGUGGUUUCACUAGGUUAAGUGACAGUAGCAGCUCUGGUUUCCCUGGGUUUCCUGCAUCUAGCGACAGGAGCAGUUCAGGAUGGAUGGAUGGUUAUGAUUCUUUUAAUGAUGGCUUAAAUGAUACAAUUGCUAAUGCGGCACGCAACAUCCAAAUGGAGGAGGACGAGGACGUCGACGGUGACUGGGAAGAUGACUUUGAGUUCAGGCCUGAUGUUCGGUUUAGGCGAGGUUCAACGUAUUCUGUUCGGGACCUUGACCUUAGAAAACCUGCAGCCGCAAAGAACCCUCCUAGACGACAGUUUGAAACAACUACAGCGGAGGUACUGAAGAAGGCUGAUUUUAGGAAUGUUAGAUUCCUCUCCAACUUUCUUACGGAAGCUGGAAUUAUCAUCAAGAGAAGCCAGACCCGUAUAAGUGCAAAAGCUCAGCGUAAGAUUGCAAGAGAGAUCAAAACUGCGCGUGCGUUUGGGUUAAUGCCUUUUACAACAAUGGGUAGAAGACCAUUCUUCUUUGGCAGAAGUGCGGAGGAGCAUUAUUCGGAUGAUGGAUAUUUUGGCUUUGUGAAGCAGAAGGAUGGUGAGCCUGUUGAGAAUGAGGACGCUGAGCCAAAUGUGGAGGCUGUGUAAACAUUCUGGAGCAUCCUUUUUUUGCAAGCGCUCCGUUCGGUUUCUUCUGGUGCCUUCAUGACAAGUCACACAAUGCUCGUUUUGCGUCUUCAGAUCAUAGCGUAGCUCAGCUUGAAUAAAACUGUAACAUCACGCCUGUUUUGUGAAAACUCGUGCCUUGCUCAAUUGUGCCACUUUAGCAGACAUCCCCAGCUCACCUCAUCCUGGCUGGAGAUCAUAUCAUAUGCAGAUAUGAAAUGGAACGUUGGAUCAGAGUUUUAGUGGACGCUCAAUUUUUUUUGAGGUAGCAGCACUGAUUUCAGUUUC